AUGUCUCUGUCUGACAGCGAGAAAAGUGGACUUGAGGCUCUCUGGGUGAAGAUUGCCCCGGAGGCCGAUAACAUUGGAGGGGAAGCUAUGAACAGCUUUCUAACAAGUCACCCAGAAGCCAAGACUCACUUCAGCCACUUUGACCUGACCCCUAAAUCUGCCGACCUCCUUAAGCACGGUGGGAAAAUCAUGAAUGCCCUUGGAGAUGCCAUCAAGAACGUGGACAACCUUCCCACCAGCAUGGCCAGUCUGACCGAGCUACACGUGGACAAACUGAAAGUAGAGCCGGGAAACUUCAAGCUGCUGUCUGAAGCCAUCGAGACUGCCCUGGCUGCUCGCUUUCCAGAGGACUUCACUGACGCCAACAAGGCUGCUUGGGGCAAAUUACUGGAGAAGGUGUCCGCUGUCCUGUCAACCAAAGCCGCUUAA